GUCAACUAUGCCCAGAAAUUAACAAAGUGUCCAUGUGUAAAUCAACCUUUCCUUCUCCAAAUCGUCGUUUUCCUUCAAGCAGGACUUCAUUACCGUUCCGAGCUCUCCCGCCACAUUCAGCUCACGGCCCACGGCUUGGCUUCAUUGACUUCCUUUAUUCUGUCACUAUCACUUUCUGUUGCUCGUCUCCUAUUCAUCGCGCUUUCAGUAAAGAUUGCUGGCUAAGUCGGGAAUCUUUCUGUUACGCGUCAAGGGAAACUUCGUUCAGUACAGCUGAUCUGUUCAACUAGUUGAUGGAUUUUAUGUUUUAUGAAGGACACAUCUGUUAGCCCAGAUAAAAAAUGAAUUUUCAAAUGCACCAUUCAGGGCAGAUAUCAGGGCAGGUAUCUAACCAAGCUGGUACUACGUUGCCUGGGUUGCCACAGCAAAAUGGAAUUUCUAUAUCUGGGCAGAUGCAAAAUCCUAACGUCCAUCGUGGUGUCUCAAAUGCGGACGGUGAAUAUGCGAAAACUCGCAGAUAUAUGCAAGAAAAGAUCUGGGAAUUUCUUAUGCAGCGCAGACCACAAUCUCAGGAUGUGCCUAAUAAGAAAAUGCUUGAUUUAGUGAAACGUCUAGAAGAGGCUUUGUUCAAGAGUGCCACAACAACAGAGGAAUAUCUCAACCUGGCCACUUUAGAGACCCGUUUGCAUGUUCUGAUAAAACGUCUACCUAUGAGCAAUCACAACCAGCAGUUCUCAUCACAUGUUAAUUCUUCUCCUUCUGUUGGUACAAUGAUCCCAACUCCUGGAUUGCAGCAAAUGGGAAAUUCUAGUGUUGCUGGGACCCAGUCUGUAGAUAGCGCUAUUCUUGUUAAUAAUACUUCCAACACAAUUUCUUCUGGCAAUAUGCAUGGUGGUUCAUUCGGCACAUCUGAUGGAGCUUUCACUGGUGGAUAUCAACAGUCUUCCGCUUUCUCAGUGAAUUCUGGGGGAAAUAACAUGGUGACAUCGAUGGGUGUACCGAGAAUGACAAGUCAGAUGAUCCCUACUCCUGGAUUCAAUAGUAAUAGUAAUAAUAGUAAUUCCAACAAUAAUGAAAUAAAUAACCAUUUGAAUAAUCAACCAUUCGUGAAUAUGGAGCCAUCCAAUAACAUCGGCGCAUAUCCAGCUGUUGAACCUACGAUUGUAUCACAGCCCAUGCAACAAAAGCAGCGCGCUGGCGGACAAAACAGUCGCAUUUUACAUAAUAUUGGUGGCCAUAUGGGUGGUGGAAUUAGAUCUACAUUGCAGCAAAAGUCCUAUGGAUUGUCAAAUGGGGCAAUUAAUGGAGGGUUGGGAAUGAUGGGAAACAAUAUGUCGAUGAUGAAUGGUCAAGGGACUACCGAGGGAUAUUUAUCUGGAACAAUAUAUGGAAACAACAUCAAACCCAUGCUUCAUCAACAAUUUGACCAACAUCAGCAGCAAGUAACACAGGGCUCUGGAAACCUUUAUGCUCCUGCAUCAUCUGUCGGGUCAAUGACGAACAAUCAGAAUUUGAAUGCCAUGUCCAUGCAAAAUAUGCCAAAGACAACAUCCUCAUUGAUGAUUAAUAAUCGAUCAAAUAUACACACUACUCAGACUCAGUCGAUGACAACUAUGAAGCCUCAAUUAAUCGAUCAGUCUGAAAAAACGAAUUUUCAACCGCAAUUUUCUGGUAGAGAUAAUCUUGCACAACCCCAUCAACAUCAACAUCAACAAUUUCAGCAGCCAUCUCACCAGUUACAACGCCAGCAGCUGGUCCAGCAUCAGAUCCAACAACGUCAAAACCAGUUCUCUUCAAAUAAUGAGACAGGACCUCGUGAUGAAGGUCUUUUGACACAAGUCUCUGAUCCCUUUCAGUUCUCGGAUAUGCAGAGUCAGUUUCAGCAGAAUCCUAUGGAGGACCGUUUGAGAGUUAAUCAGUUGAUUUCACAUUCACCUGGGCAACAGGAUGUCAGUUAUUCACUUGCUCAAACUCCAAAUCAGAUGCAACAAAUGUUGAACCCUCAACAAUUUGCCCCCAACCCUCAGAGUGAUUUAGUUGGUCUUUCUGGUUCUGUUCCGCAGGAAAUGGCAAUACGGGGCCAAUGGUAUUCCAAGUCUCAGGAUGUAUCUAAUGCCUCAGAGAGACUCCCACUUGAUCAAAAUUUACAGGAGGAAUUUCAUAACAAAAUAAAUGUGCAAGAUGUUGCUCAGCUGAAUAAUUUAUCGUCUGAAGAGUCUGUGAUUGGCCAAUCAGAUGCUUCCAGAUCAGCAGACCCACCCAAUGCUGCGUGUCGACCUAACAACCAUGAUCGCGAGAAGCAGUUCAAGAAUCAGCAGAGAUGGCUGUUGUUUCUAAGACAUGCCCGUCGAUGUCCGGCCCCGGAAGGAAAAUGUCAAGAGUCUAAUUGCUUAACUGUUCAGAAGCUAUUGAAACACAUGGAGGAUUGCAAUGUAUUUCAGUGUACAUAUCCUCGUUGCCGUGUAAGUCGAGGCUUAGUUAACCAUCAUAGGCGAUGUCGAGAUACUAGCUGCCCAGUAUGUGUUCCUGUUAAGAAUUUCGUGCAACAGGCACAACUAAAGGCAAUUGCUCGUGCUGAUUUCGGUUCAAAGUUGCAUGCUUCUGUCAACGGUUCUUGUAAACCGUCUGAGAGUGCUGAAGUUCCUAAGUUGAGCCCAGCGGUGACUGUAACUCCAGAAGAUCUGCAGCCUUCUAUUAAACGGAUGAAGAUCGAACAAGGACCCCAGUCCGUUCUUUCUGAAAGUGAAACUUCUGCUUUGCUAGCUUCUGCUGUAAACGAAACUACUCUACAGGGUGCAAAACAUUCUGAACAGCAUCACGAUUCUCAUAUUCCAAUGAAAUCUGAAGUUGCUGAAGUGAAAAUGGAAGCAUUGGGGAGUAUUGAGCAAUUAAGUUCCAAAAUGAUCGAAACGAAAGAAGAUAACUUGGUAGAUUCUUACAACCACCAAAGGCCAGAAGUCGGUCCUACUGCAUCCAAAACCUCUGCUGGCUUUAGUACACAUGAGGUCGUUAAGAAUGAGAAGGAAAUGGGGCAGGCUAAGAUGGAAAAUCUGCCUUUACCUUCUGAGAGUAUCUCGAAGUCUGGGAAGCCAAAAAUAAAGGGAGUAUCAAUGAUGGAGUUGUUCACCCCUGAACAAGUCCGGCAACACAUUACCGGUCUUAGACAGUGGGUAGGCCAGAGCAAAGCAAAAGCAGAGAAAAAUCAAGCCAUGGAGCACUCAAUGAGUGAAAAUUCCUGCCAGUUGUGUGCUGUUGAGAAGCUUACUUUUGAACCACCUCCUAUUUAUUGUACACCUUGUGGUGCUCGCAUUAAGAGGAAUCAUAUGUAUUACACCAUUGGAGCUGGUGAAACUCGCCAUUAUUUCUGCAUUCCGUGCUAUAACGAGACUCGUGGUGACACCAUUGCAGUUGAUGGGUCUGCUAUUCCAAAGGCAAGAAUGGAAAAGAAGAAAAAUGAUGAAGAAACUGAAGAAUGGUGGGUUCAAUGUGACAGAUGUGAAGCUUGGCAACAUCAAAUAUGUGCAUUAUUCAAUGGGAGAAGAAAUGAUGGUGGCCAAGCUGAGUACACUUGUCCAAAUUGUUAUAUAGAAGAAGUUGAGAGAGGUGAACGUGUGCCAUUGCCUCAGAGUGCUGUUCUAGGAGCUAAGGAUCUGCCUCGAACAAUUUUGAGUGAUCACAUGGAGCAACGUUUAUUUGCAAAGUUGAAGCAAGAAAGGAUGGAGAGAGCAAGGGUACAAGGCAAAAGUUAUGAUGAGGUUCCUGGAGCUGAAUCACUUGUUAUACGAGUGGUGUCAUCUGUAGACAAGAAGCUAGAAGUUAAACCACGGUUUCUUGAAAUUUUCCAGGAAGAAAACUAUCCUGUUGAGUAUCCAUACAAGUCCAAGGUGGUGCUAUUGUUUCAGAAAAUUGAAGGUGUUGAAGUAUGCUUAUUCGGAAUGUAUGUUCAAGAAUUUGGAGCCGAAUGUGAACAGCCAAAUCAUCGGCGAGUCUACCUGUCUUACUUGGACUCGGUCAAGUAUUUCAGGCCGGAGGUUAGAGCAGUGACAGGAGAGGCUCUUCGGACAUUCAUCGGAUACUUAGAAUACUGCAAAAAAAGAGGGUUUUCGAGCUGCUACAUUUGGGCUUGCCCCCCAUUGAAGGGGGAAGACUACAUUUUAUAUUGCCACCCAGAAAUUCAAAAGACACCAAAAUCUGAUAAACUCCGGGAAUGGUAUUUGGCCAUGUUAAGGAAAGCUGCUAAGGAAAAUAUCGUUGUUGAACUUACUAAUCUGUAUGACCACUUCUUUGUUACUACCGGUGAAUGUAAAGCAAAAGUUACUGCAGCUCGAUUGCCAUACUUCGAUGGAGAUUAUUGGCCCGGUGCAGCAGAGGACAUGAUCUUUCAGAUACAACAAGAAGAGGAAGGGAGGAAGCAGAAUAAGAAGGGAAUGUUUAAAAAAACCAUUACGAAAAGAGCUCUAAAGGCAUCUGGCCAAACCGAUCUUUCCGGAAAUGCAUCAAAGGAUAUUCUGCUAAUGCAUAAACUUGGUGAGACUAUAUCGCCGAUGAAGGAAGACUUUAUCAUGGUUCACUUACAGCAUGCUUGCACACACUGCUGCAUUCUAAUUGUUUGUGGAAAUCGUUGGGUUUGCAAACAGUGCAAAAACUUCCAGCUCUGUGACAAAUGCUAUGAUGUCGAGAGAAAACGUGAAGACAGAGAGAGACAUCCCAUUCACCACAAAGACAAACAUCCACUCUAUUCCUUUGAAACCACGGGAGUCCCUGAAGAUACGAAAGAUAGAGAUGAAAUUCUCGAGAGCGAAUUUUUCGACACGAGGCAGGCAUUCCUAAGCCUUUGUCAAGGAAAUCACUAUCAAUACGAUACUCUCCGUCGAGCUAAACACUCGUCGAUGAUGGUUCUUUAUCAUCUCCAUAACCCUACUGCCCCAGCUUUUGUGACCACAUGCAAUGUGUGCCACCUGGAUAUUGAAACCGGACAAGGCUGGAGAUGUGAGACUUGUCCUGACUAUGAUGUGUGCAAUUCGUGUUAUUCAAAGGAUGGAGGAAUUGAUCAUCCUCACAAAUUGACCAAUCAUCCAUCGAACGAUCGGGAUGCACAGAACAAGGAAGCUAGACAGUUACGAGUCAUGCAGCUGAGGAAAAUGCUCGAGCUACUGGUGCACGCCUCUCAAUGUCGUUCUCCUCACUGUCAAUAUCCAAACUGUCGAAAGGUUAAGGGACUUUUCCGGCACGGUAUGUUGUGCAAAGUUCGUGCUUCUGGUGGGUGUGUGCUCUGCAAGAAAAUGUGGUACCUUCUUCAGCUUCAUGCUCGUGCGUGCAAAGAAUCUGAGUGCAAUGUUCCGAGAUGCAGAGACUUGAAGGAGCACAUGAGAAGGCUACAACAACAAUCUGAUUCCAGACGAAGAGCUGCUGUUAUGGAGAUGAUGAGACAACGUGCUGCAGAGGUUGGAUUCCCCACAUCGAUCCGCGAUCCAGGGCGGCUAGUACUUGGCUACGCACGGGACAAACCACGAACGGGGUUCGUCUCUCCCGGGCAACUCUCGGCGAUCUUCAGCCUGGUUGUGAGCUCGAAUGCGGACAAAGAUCCUUCGCUGCUGGAUGCGCGCCUCGACUGUGAAACCGGCGGAAAGCCUUGUACGGACGUCACGUCACACGAUCUCAGCCUCUCCAGGCCGAUCCCCGGUAUGUUGCGUGCUAUGUUCCAUACAAUCAGUCGGGCUGCAUCUGCACCGGGGGCAGCAAGUUCCUUGACUCCUUCACCUCAGUUUUGGUCUAAAUUGAGGGCAUUUCGAGAAACUGAAAGAGGGAUUACCACUGAAUCGGUAACUAAGAAUUUACUGGGAGCGGUUUUCAUCUGGCGUUUUUUUGAGUUGAAAGCAUUUAAAGAACUGAAGGGGCUCUAUGCUGAAUUCGCCAAUGAACGGAAGCUUUCCUACAAGGUCAGUGAUCAGUUGGAAGAACUAAGAUCACAAGCAGAGAAGGCGAAGAACGGGAAAUAGGGGAAGCACUAUGUUUUUGCAAUUUCGGCUGUAAAACUAAACCUACUGUUGCUUUGGGUAUAAAACUAGACUAUGACUUGUUGCUUUGUGUACCUCCUUUAAUAAUAUUGGCUCUGUUGGUUUUUA